AUGUCCAAGGAGUUGGAGCACAGUGAAGCUGUUGGCCAGCAUAUCAGCAAUGGUGGUGAAGACAGCAAAGAAAACACACAAACUCCUGAAGCCAUAGCAACAGCGCUUGCUGCCACUGGCGCAGCUCCGUCGCCAUGGGGUCGUGGACAUAUCCAACUUUACAUGGCCUGCGCACUCAUCUAUCUAUGCUCGACCAUGAAUGGCUACGAUGGAUCGCUCAUGGGCUCCCUCAACGUGCUCCCCGAGUACCAAAACUACUACGGCUUGGGAAAAAGCGGAUCUACUUCGACGGGUUUGGUCUUUUCAAUCUUUCAGAUCGGUCAGAUGGCGGGUGCCUUGUUUACUUGGAUCUGUGACUGGCGAGGUCGGAAGAUCACUUUGGUUGUCAGCUCCUUCCUUAUUUGUGCAUCAGCAGUUUUUACUGCUGUGGCUCCGACGUUGUCCUCCUUCAUUGGAGCGCGAUUUCUCCUCAGUUUCUUUUCGACAAUCAAUGGUGUUGCUGCGCCGAUGCUCUUGGUUGAGAUCGCCCCGCCGUUAAACCGAGCAACGGUGGCAGGUAUAUACAACACUCUUUGGUACAUGGGAAGCAUUAUUGCUACUUUUACCCUGUAUGGCGCCAACAUCCACCUCAGUGGCAACAUCAAGUGGCGACUCCCCUUGUGGCUACAGAUGCUUUGCCCAGGCUUGGUCUGUCUUGGCGGCUGGCUACUCCCCGAAAGUCCAAGAUGGCUGAUCGCCCAAGGGAGAGAUGGAGAAGCCCGCGACUUUAUUGUCAAGCAUCACGCCAACGGUGACGCCGAGCAUCCAAUUGUUGCCAUCGAGAUGCACGAGAUCCGGGAAUCACUCUUGGAAGUUCAAGGACGUUCGCAAUGGGCUUGCUUUGACUUGAGGAGUCUUUACAAAUCUCCUGCUCGUCGAUAUCGUCUUCUGCUCGUUAUUGCCAUGUCCUGGUUUGGGCAAUUCUCGGGUAACAACGUUUCAAGCUACUAUCUUCCAAUUAUGGUACAGAACGUUGGAAUCACGUCGACUAACCUCAUUUUGCUCUUAAACGCGUUUUACGCCUUGACUGGAUGGAUUGCUGCUACGAUAGGAGCACGUCUUCACGAUAUUGUCGGAAGACGUAAAAUGUUUAUGGGUUCUUGCCUAGGGAUGUCGAUAUCCCUGGCAAUAGUUGCUGCUACUGCCGCCGAGUAUGAACGUUCUGGAAGCGUACCGUCGAGCUCCGCCAGCAUCGCAUUCAUCUUUAUUUUCGGUGUUAUCUUUGCAGUUGGAUUUACUCCCAUGCAGCCGAUUUACCCUGCCGAGGUUCUCGCCAAUGACAUGCGGGCGAAUGGCAUGAUGGUAUUCAUGAUUACCUCUGGAUGUGCAAGCUUUGUCAACACGUUUGCAGCUCCGGUUGCGAUGGAGAAUAUCCGUUACUGGUUCUAUGUGUUUUUCGUAUUUUGGGAUUUGUUUGAGUUUGCGUUCAUCUACCUGUUCUUCGUUGAGACAAAGGGCCGAACCCUGGAAGAACUGACUGUCGUUUUUGAAGCGAAGAAUCCUAGAAAAGCCAGUACUAGAUCGCUGUAG